GCAUUGGCGGAGCAGGUCUAUCGAUAGGUUUUUGCACAUCGAUAAUCAGCUGACUUUUUGUAAAAAGGGCCUAACAGCUGCAAAAGCAAAACACAAAUGAAAUGCUGGAGCUGCUGUGCAGGAUCAGACCGGCAGGAUUGCCAUGGAGGAGCUGCGUGUCUAUUGCUACCACUCAGCCGGUGCAUGGACGACCCCUCUCCACGGAGUCUGCGAAAAAGUGCGACAAAAGUGCGGCCCACGACCACGCCGGAUUCACCGAGUGGCGGACCGUCUACAGUCUGCCGGCCAUAAGGAUCGUGGCCGCAUUCAGUAGGCUAAAGGUCUACCAGGCGGCACUCACAGCAGCCGGAACGCCUAUUGUCUUUGCCCUGGGGAGCGCCGGACAGCUAAGCACGGAUGCCCUGGCCAUUUACGGCGCCGUGGGCAUCUCCGGUCUGGUCACCCUCACACUCGCCAGCUACGCGGCCUCGAAUCUCGUUGGCUUCGUCUACGUGAAUGAGCAGCAGGAUCUGGUCAAGCUGGCCUACGUGGACUUCUGGGGACGGCGACAGGAGACCCUGCUGGACGUCGAGGAUUUGCUGCCCAGCUGGGAGCAGGGACGCCCGUCCCGACUAAGAUUCGUUUCGCCCAUCUGCCUGCGAAGCGACUCCAAGAAGCGGUACAAUCUUCUAAAUCGAUUUGGCCAUGUCAGCGAUCCCCAGUUGUUUGAGGGCCUCUUCGGAGAUUGAAAAUAAGCUAGUUACGAAACCGCUGCCUACACACGUGAUAGAGCAAAGCAGCAAGGAUCCUGAAAGGGCCAGCCGUCGGCCGAGUUUCCGCAGGAACAGCUACUGGUGGGAGAUUGGGCAUGG